AUGGAAAGGGUCGAGCUUGAGGAUCCCGGCGACGGUGACGCAUUGACGGGUAGCAUCUCGCUGGUAGCGCAAGAAGAUUCGCUGAAAGCCGUGAAUUCAGCUGCAAGUUCCCAGAGUGUGAGCGUAGUCCCGGAGACGGAAAACACGAAACCCUCGUUACCGAAGGAGACUGAAGAUACGAUGAUUGGAGGCGAGGAAAAUGGAAAUAACGUGGAGAAAGAUGGGUACGGCGGCGAAGAAAGCCUUUCCGACGGCAAUUCGGCGGCCACCGAACCAGCAAAAGUGGAGGAAGAUCCAGCGGCAGAAGCGCGAGCUGCCUGCAUAACAAGCGACGAGAUGGACAACGCGGAGGAGAGCCAACAAACGGGCCACGAGGCGAGCCGCGACGCGAGCGAAGCUUCGGAGGCUUCUGCCGAUCCCAAUGUGACGGCCCCGACACGUGAAUGCGGCGAAGAGCGCGGAGACACGAGCAGCGUUCCGUGUCCAGGAGAGAACUUGGGAGGUGGACUCGAGGAAGCUGCUGGCGUUGAGGUGGACGAGGGAAGCAGCGCGCUGACGCUGGAGGAAGGCGUUGCGGCUGCUGAGGAAGCGUGCGACGUGAGAAAGGUCGUGGAGGACGCGAGCGAGUCGAACAAGGUUGAUAGCGAGGAGGGUGCAGCAGCCGAGGACGCUACGAAUCAGUGCGACGCAUCAGCUGCCGGUGCGACAAAUGUUGGCGACGCACCACCUGAAGAUGCGACGAAUCUGUCCGAAGUUGUUGUCCAGAGCGAGAGCGAGCGCGCUUCAGCUGCCGACGAGAUCAACGCGGCGCCAGAGGCGGACAGCGCGUGCAGGGAUGGCGCGCUGAGCGGAGGCCCGGCAGGCGCGGAAGAAGCAAUCGCAGGCGACGCCGAUGCGUGUGCAAACGAAGGAGCCAUGGCGGCAGCUGUCGAUGCAACAGGAAGCAGCGUGGACCCAACAGAUGCGGCUGCGAGCACGGACGAAGCGAGCGAGGCGGAUAGCAACGCGGUCAAUGCCGACUCAGCUCCAAAUACUGUCGCAGGCACAGGCGAGGAAAUCAUGGGCGAGGCGGAUGAGGUGACUGCGACCGGGGACGCUGCGGCAAGCGCGGCACCUGGAGGGGAGACCGCUGCGGCUGGUGAGAACAUGAAGGAGCACGAGAACGAGAGCGAGCUUGAGGGUGAGCUUGCUGACGACCCUGCAUGCAUGGAGGCACAACUGCCGGAGGGCGUUUGCGUGCCGGCCAGUGAGGGGUUAGCAGUCGCGGCAGGGGAGGAUGCGGGUAGUGCGUCGGGCGCAGACAUGGGGAGCUCGUUGGGCGGAGAGGCGGGGAACGAAGCGCCAGCGGCAUUUGCGGAGGAAGCGGCUGGAGAAGCGGAGCCAAACAGCUGCUCGUCAGACAAGAAGACCGACGCGGAAGAGGUGGACGCGAGUGGCGCAGCGCCUGAAGCGGCGCCAGUUGCGGCGGUCAAGGCGGUGAGGUCGGGCGAAGAGGGAGAAGCGGAGGUGGUAGUGAGUGCGGAAGGAGUGACUUGCACCGCGCACGGUGAUGACGCGCUUGGCAGCAGCGGCGUUGCGCAGGGUGUGGGGCAUGGGCAACAUGAGGAUGAGAAGGGAGUGCUAGUAGCGGGUGAUGAGGAAAUUGAGGUAGCUCCUAGCGGGGACGUAGAGGAGACAAACGGAGGUGAGACGAUUAAGAAAGAUGAGAAGAGCGAAGGGGUAGAAAAGAGUGAGGAGGCGGAGAAGAGUGAAGCGCAAGAGAAUGAGGACCGUGGAGAUGUGCCAGAUGCGAAGGUGGGCGAAGCAAUGCCGCGCGAGGAGGCAACGGUUCAGUCGACUGCAGACGCGGCGGUGAGCGCGGACGACGGAGAUGGCGCAGAGAGUGGAGAUGUCGCGGCGAAUGGGGAAAAUUACGAAGCGCAAGGGACGCUAUGGGCGGACGGCGAGGAAGGGCCAGGCGGAGGGAACACGGCUGCACAAGAGGCGGGAGAGGGCACGGCGAAUGCGCACGAGGCGGAGAGGGCGGAAGCGACGGAGGGCGGGGAGAAGGCGGAGGUGGCGAAGGAGGCAGCGGAAGCUGCGGAGGAGGCGGCGAGCGAGGGGCCGGUGGAGGAGCUGCGGGCUGCUGAGGCGGAGAAGGCACACGAGGCGGAGGUGGCGAGGGCGGCGGAGGAGGCGGCGGAGGAGGCGGAAGAGGGGAGCGCGGCGAGCGAGGGGUCGGUGGAGGAGCUGCGGCUGCUGGCGGACGUGCUGGCGCUGAUGGACUCGGACGCCUCAUCCAACGGCUCCCAUCACCCCUCGUCCGCCUCCUCCGAUGGCGACUCUGCAUCCGACGGCCCAGCGCCUCUUGCUGACGUGGAUAAGCAUGAGGUUGUUCAGGCGGCGGCAGCUGCCGAGGCGCAGGUGAAUGCUCAGGUGGAAGCAGCGGUGAAGGCCCACGUGGCGGCGAUCGAAGCGGAAGCCGCCGCCGCCGUUGAGCGGCGCGUCGCCGCCAGCUUGGAGCACCUGACCGCGGAGCUCGAAGCCAAGCUGGCCGUGCAGCUAGAAGAACGUUUAGCUGCCCGAAUCGAGGAAAAAAUCGCCGCGCGCAUGGAAGAGCGGAUGGCCGCUGACGUGGCAACGCAGGUUACGGUGCGGCUGGCGGAGAUGGAGGCGGAGUGGAAGGAGCGCGCGGCAGGGGGGGCGGAGCACCCGCAGGCCCACGCGCAGGCGCAAGGCGGAGGAAAAGCUCCCGCGCAGGGGCAGGCGGGGUGGCAGAAGUGGAUGCUGUGGGGCGCGCGGGAGGAUGACUUGCGCAAGCAGGCGGAAGAGGAGCGGCGGAGGGAGAUUGCGCGCGUAAAGGAGCAGCUGGAGGAGCAGUGGGGCGCGGAGGUUCACAAGCUGCAGGCGCUCAUGCAGGCGGAACGCGCCAUCUCCGCGGAGCGCCUGCAGGCGCUGGAGCGGCGCUGGCAGAGCGCGCAGGCGGAGCUGGCGGAAGGCAUCCGCGCGGCGCAGGAGCUUGCGGUGAUGAAGGUUGCGGCGGUGGAGGAGCGGUGGGGCGCGAAGGAGGCGGGGAUGUUGCAGGCGAUGGCGGAAGAAAUGCAGCGCCAGCUGGCGGAACUCAAGGCGGAGCAGGCGGGGUGGGUGGGGCGCGUGGAGGACAUGCGCUUCCGCGUGUCCGCGGAGCUCAAGCAGGCGGAGGGGCGGCUGCACGCGGCGCAGGAGGCGUGGGCGGGGCGGUUGGCGGAGAUGCAGGCGCAGGCGGACGCGGGGAGGCUGGCGGACGCGGGGAGACUGGCGGAGAUGGAGCGCGAGUGGGAGGGGAAACUGGCGGAAGUGCGGAAACACGUGGAGGAGGAGAGGCGGAGAGGCGUAAAACGGUGCAAAGUGGUGGAGGAAACAGUGGGGAAGAAGUUAGAGGAGAGCCGGCGGGCGGCAGAACUGGAGCUCGAGAAGGCGCUGCAGCGCGAGGCGGAAGCGCGCAAGGAGCAGGCGGAAGCAGCAUCCGCGCGUGCCGCGGAAAUCGCCGCGCAAGUGGAGGAAGCCGCGCGUCAGGCGGAGGAGGAGCGCAAGCGGAACCUGAAGCGCGCGGCGAAGAUCCUCAAAGAUUGCGCGGGGAAGAUGGAGGCGGUAGAGCUGCGCGUGGCGGAGGCGGAGAAGCGCAUCGACGCGGAGCGCAAGGCGCAGCGCGAGGCGGUUGCGCGGAUCCACGCGCAGUUCGAGAUGAUGGAGGUGGCGUGGGGGAAGCGCGUGGAGCAGACGAAGGCGGAGGUGGCGGAGAUGCAGGCGGAGGCGCGCGCGCAGCGGCGGCGCGACGAGGAGGCGCUGGGCGCGGUGAAGGCGGAGUGGGCGGACUGGGCGGGGGAGCUCCAGCGGCAGACGCAGGCGGCGCUGGGCGACGACGCGAAGAAACUGGAGCUGCUGGACGAGGUGGUGCUGCAGCUCUUCUCCGCCCACGUGCGCACGCAGCUCGCCUCACUGCGCCAGCGCCUCGACGACACCGCCCAGACGCAUGCAGACAAACUGCGCCACCUGCAGGACAACAUCGCCGCCCGCCUGGAUGCCGCCCGCAAGCGGCUAGAAGACGAGCGGCGCGCGGAGGGGGAGCAGCUGCAGCAGUGGGAGCGGCUGUGGGGGGUGGCGGCGGAUAGCAGGUGGGGGGAGACGGUGGCUGCGCGGCACCGGAGGGAGGCAGAGCGGUUGAGAGAGGUGCAGGAGCAGUGGGCGGGGCGGGUGGUGGCGCUGCAGAAGCGAGAGGAGGAGGAGCGACGGGGCGUUGCGGAACAGCUGAAGAAGCUUAUAGAGAGCCUGGAGAAGGGGGUAGGGGAGGAGGGAGAGGAGGGGGAGGGAGGGGGAGGGAGUGGCGGACAUGGGGGAGAUGGGGGAGGGAGUGGGGGAGGGGGGUUGGCGGCAUGGAAAGAGAUGGCUGGGAGGGAGAUGGAGAGGGUGGGGAGGGAGGUGGAGGGGAAGGGGCGGGCGGAUGGGGAGAGGGUGAGUGUGAUGGAGGGGCAGUGGCGUGUGCGGUGGGAGGAGGUGGUGGUGGCUGCAGAGGAAGGGAGGAAGCAGCAGCAUGUGACCAUCCAGCAGCUCAUGGAGGUGAGGGAGGGUCUGAAGGUGUUUGCUGUGGUGAGAGGAGGGGAGGAAGCGUCACCAUGUGACGGUGCAGCAACUCAUGGAGGUGAGGAGGGAGGGUGCUGGGGAAUUUGCUGUGGUGCGGUGAGAUGCAAUGGAGUGCUGCACGUUACAGGUGCAAUCGGGCUGCUAAGCCAAGGGCAUGUGCACUGUAGUAGAGGCGGAGCGAGUGGUGGCAGCACAGGCAGCCCUCGACCAGUAUGGCUUGGGUAUAGUGCAGCACACCACACUGUCCCACUGCUUAUGCAUAUGUCCCCACCAACUCCCUCCCCACAAACCCCCUUCCCUUGGCAGGCUGAAGCAGAGCGAGUGGUGGCAGCACGGGCAGCCCUGGACCGCGGAGCAAGUGGUGGCAGCGCGUGCAGCACUGCACCGGUUCUGGCUGGGCAUAGUGCAGCGCAGCACGCUGUUUCAUUCCUCACGCACAUGUUCUCUGUCACCCCAAUCCCUUCCCUUUGGCAGGCUGAGGCAGAGCAAAUAGUGGCAGUGCGGGCAGCUCUGGACCGGUACGGGCUGGGUAUAGUGCAGCGCAGCACACUGCUUCAUUGCUUCUCCAAUGCCCCCCCUCCUCCUACUCCCUCCCAUGGGCAGGCUGAGGCAGAGCGGGUGGUGGCAGCCAGAGCAGCCCUGGACCGGUACGGGCUGGGCAUAGUGCAGCGCAGCACGCUGCGAUUCUCCCACCACCCCGACAUUGCCGACGGCGACGCCGCCCUCCUCCUGCAGGCCCUCCGCCGCUUCCGCCCGCACCUCCUCCCCACCAUCACCGCUCUCUCCUUCAGCUGGGGGUCUCCCCCUGGGUGUAAGAACAUCACAGGGGAGGCUCUGGAGCAUGCUGCAUGCCUGCCGUCCCUCAAGGCACUGGAUCUGCGCUGCUGCGCUGGGCUCACGCCUGAUGGGCUGCGCCACGUCAGCAAGCUGACUCAGCUGGAGCGGCUGGAGCUGUGUGAUGCGCGUGGCGUGACCGAUGCUGUGCUGGCGCACGUGGCGGGGAUCCCGGGGUUGCGGUAUUUGGAUGUUAGUGGGUGUGUAGGAGUGACGGAUGCGGGUAUGGUGCAUGUGGCUCGCAUGGUGGGGUUGAGGCAGCUGAGGAUGACUGGAUGCCCUCAGGUGACCAGCGUGGGGGUGAGAUUGCUGCCUGGCUGUGUGCAGGUCACACGCUGA